UGUAAUACUGAGGAUCCUUCGAUAUUUCGUUGUAUCGGUUUAUUUACUCUUCUUUGUAUAAAGGUUAUUCAUUAAAUUGCUUACAAUAACCAUCAACAUAACCAAAAUAGUUUGUUUUCCUUGUGUUUUUCUACAACCCACAAAAUGUCAUUAAUCUUACGAUACGGACAUCGAAUUCGUAAAAAUCUUAGCUAUUUACCUAUAUCAGCGGAUAGGAAUGAAACUGAUUUUGUCGUAAAUAGUCUUCAGGAUGCCAAAUCCGAGAGCAAAUCGAUCAAAAAGGCAAACAAACCGAAUCUUGCAUAAACAGGUAAAUGCAGCAAUGCUUGAAAUCAAACAAUCCGCAGCUAGUCGUAACAAUAUUUGUGUUGCUACUGAGCCCCAUAAGAAUAAACCAUUGAAGAUUUCAACCCCACAUCAUGACGAUGAUAUCGUUUGUAUCGAAGUUCCUACCGAAGAUGCAGGCCGUAAUGAAUUAGUCAGUAAUAUCGAUAGUUUCGAUGAAUCUUCUCUCGAUGAUAAUGCAUUUGAGGAUAUUAUGGAAGUAAAUGAGACUGAGUUUUCGGUGAAUGAUUCAAUAAAUGAAAUGCAAACUUUAGAUGAAAAAUUGAGGGUGUGGAGCACAGAAGAAAAUGUACCUCAUUCUACAUUUAGAAAACUCCUAGAAAUUCUUAAAUCAGAAAAUGAUAUAAAUGCAUUUAAAAAUCUACCAAGAGAUCCCCGCACCCUAUUGAACACACCAAGAAAAGUAUUGGUGAAGACAUUAGAUAAUGGAAGUUUCUAUUAUUUUGGCAUCUCGGACACUUUAAAUAAUUUGUUAUUGCAAUUAAAAUAUACUAUACCAGUUAACACACCGCUAAUUGAAAUAAUAGUUAACAUUGAUGGAUUACCAUUAACAUCUAGUUCAAACAGUUCAUUAUGGCCAAUAUUAAUUAAAAUAGAUUCCUUAUUACAUAUUAAAAAUUAUGUUGUAAUGGUGGCUGUUUUUCAUGGAUAUUCAAAACCUUCUUCAGCCAACGAGUUCUUGAAAGACUUUAUUGAUGAAGCAGUGAAUUUAUAA